CCGAUAGCGUCGAGAGCGCCAACAAGGAGAUUGCUUUGUGGUUCAAGGAUGAGGAUCUCAUCAGCUGGGAGUCUGCCCAGAAGUCUUGGAUCUACGAGUAAUUGUUGUCCAUAUGAUGGAAGACUGUUAUAGGGACCGUAACGGGGUCCCAAGUCUCACUGAGACCAGAGAAAAAAAAGCAUUCAGACUCACGAUGUUUAAUUGCCGUGUGACUCACUUUGAAACCUCAAAAUUCCUUGAUCCCUUUUCCUCUGUUGCUGUUUCCGCCGUUGACCUCCAAACAGAGCCCCAUCUCAGGGUUAAGCAAAGUGUUGAUCUCACACUCAGAAGUGUUAGCCUGAAGUUGCCGUCCCUGGAAGACUUAUGGGCAAAUUUCAGAAUUGGCGUCAAGGGGAAGCUUCGGUGAUAUCCAGAGCCCGAGGCUCCUUCCUCACUGAUUGCCGAAGAAAACAAGCACGCCGAAGAGGAGUACCCCACGUCACAAGCUCCCAAU